GAGGGGUGGGGGGGGGCGGAGGAGGACUCCGAGGAGGAUAGCGACUACGAGGAGGAGGACUUCAAGGAGGAUGAGGACUCCUCCGAGGACGCUGAGGAUGAGUCCGACGAUGAGGAGGAGGAGGGUGAGGCAGCUGAUGAGUGGGAGUUGGACAGGGAUGGGACGACGAUGACGAGUGGUGGGCAGAAGGGCGAUAUGACGGGGAGGAGGUAG